GCGCCCCCUAGCGGCCGCGCGCGGCGGCUGCAGCGGUGCACAUUUUGUCUCCAGCGGGAGGAGCUGUCCAGCGGCUCGGUGCUGAAGUGAGUCCGACGCAGCGCUGCACGCUUCAUUCAAGUAUUUCAGUGUCCCACCAAUUGAAAGGAUGCACUGGUCUAUGAACACACUACCCAUGCCGCUCUGUGUUGAGCUGGGUGUCCAUUCCCUGAGUGGCCUUCUGUGGACUCUUCUGCUCCUGUUUCUGUGGCACUGUUACCGGAUGGGCUCCGACCUGCCAAUCCCAGGUCACGCACAUGCCGGAAAGCUUAAGUCAGGCUCAAGGCGGUCCAUGAUGUCCCGCGGCGGUAGCUGCGCUGGAACAAAGUGCAGCGCACGAUCCAAGCUGUUGAGAAGUGAACAAAUUACUCCCUUCAUUCCAAUGGAAACCGAGGAGGACGAGGAGCAGGGACAGGGUUACCUCACCCCCGUGCUGAGUCACGCCUUGUUCCCAGCUCAGGCAUCUGCAGAAGCCAAAAAACUAUACGCGGCACUACAAGAGUACGCCAAACGCUACAGUUGGGUGGGCAUGGGCCGCAUUCACAAGGGCCUCCGUGAGCAGGUUCGACUAAAUGAUCACUCUGCUAUACAGAAGCCUCAUCUCUUCUUCCUGCCAGAUGUCCCAAGUGUUCCUUUCUUCCCACGUGAUGCUCAUCGACAUGACAUUGAGGUCUUGGAAGCCAGCUACCCAGUAAUCUUAGCUGAAUUCCAGACUGUUUACCAGCGGGGCGUUGACUCAAAACUAGGUUGGACCAGUUUGGGUCCAAAGGGCCAGGCAGUGUUUCCCUUGUACAGUUCUGGCGUCUGUGUGGCAGGAAACUGUCGCUCUUGUCCCUGCACAUACCGCACACUUCUCUCUCUACGAACGUUCAUAAAUAGCAACUCAUUGGGAUCUGCUGGAUUCUGGCUGCUGGGACCCGGAGCUACGUUGGGGAGUUCGUACGGUCCCACCAACACACGUCUCCGCUGUCAUCUGGGUCUGCAGACUCCACCCCUGUGUGAGCUGGUGGUGGGAGGGGAGCCGCAGUGCUGGUCAGAGGGGCACUGCCUCCUGGUCGAUGACUCGUUUCUCCACACUGUCUCCCACAAGGGUCCCUCAGAUGCCGGACCGCGCGUCAUUUUGAGCGUGGACCUCUGGCAUCCAAAUGUGGCUGCAGCCGAGAGACAAGCUCUGGACUUCAUGUUCAGCCCCGACUUCUGAACUUGCCCCUGCACCUCCAACAGACAACACCCAGGGGAUGCCUUACUUUAGCCCCGGUUGUUGUGGGUCAUCUUGCAUCUAAAUCAGAUCGAAGGAUCACUGUGUGAAUUUGCCCUCAGAAUUACACAAGCCAUUAGCCACGCUUUCAAAAGAUGUUGGAUUUAUGGUCUACACCAGGAAGUGCCACCUGAAUGCAUUAUUGAUGGAUGAUGUGAGACAAUGCUACUGUACAUGCUUGACAGUCUGGCUGCAAACUAUAAACUGACAGCAUUUGAAAGCACAAAGAGAUCUAACCUAAGAAGAGCAGAUCUAAUCCUAAUUAUUUUAAAUAUUACAGCAACGUAAACAGUAUAUUGACAUCAUGUACUAUGCUAAUGAAUGCUACUUGCAUGAAACCUGUAUCUGUCAUGAUUGUUUGAAGCUGCUGAUGCAUGCACUGAUGCCUUCAGGAUUAUUUUGAAAUAUAUGUAGAUUACUAACUCUAUGUUUCAACCAAAAAACUGUGAAAAAUCAAAAUCGUAAAUGAAAAAUGUUUCAAUUUAUUUUUGUUUUCCCGAAAUGAAUGCCAAAAAUAUAUAAAACUUUUGCAUACUGUGGUUAUUCGUUCUCUUCCUACUAUUCUCUCUGUGGGCACUUACAUGUUUCUUUAUAUAAAUAUAUAUUUUUCUUUGUUUAUUAUUACAGUCGGUGGUUUGUUUGUUGUUUAAUUAUUACCCGACAUGAAAAGAUAAGGAUUUUUUGUCAAUUAAAUUUUUUCUUGGAAUCCAAAUAAAUGGAAAAGCAAAGAAAUCCA